AUGGCAACAAGGUGGACCUUUAUUGAGUUUGGAGUCAUGGAUUCAGAUCAUACAGGAAUUGCUGUUGAAACUAUAGGCGAACUGCUUGCAAACGCUCUAAAUUGUAGCUUUGUUGAUGCUGAUGACUUCCAUCCGCAAUCAAACAAAAAGAAGAUGAAGAAGGGGAUUCCUUUGUCGGAUGAAGACCGGACCCCAUGGCUUAAAGUGCUUCGGGAUGUUGUGAAUGCGAAUUUGGUCAGUGGCAAGACUGUAAUUCUUGGGUGUUCUGCCCUCCAAAAGCAGUACAGGGAGAUUCUUAGGUGA